UCUGAAAGUAAACAAGGUGACAUUGAAGACCACCUUUCUGCUGCAGUUCUUAAGGCGUUGCAAAUUUAGUCAAUUAGAAGCCAGAAAAAUGUUGGAUAAUUUCCACACCAAAACUUGCGAUCACCUGCCUUUUUGGAUGUGCAACAUUGAUGUUCAUAAACCUGCUCUGAGAGACCUUAUUAUAAACCAAAAAAUAUAUAUUCCUCUGCCAUAUAGAGAUGACGAAGGAAGAAGAAUCCUAUUAUUUCAAUUAGGGCAUUUUGAUGUUGGCAAGGAUAUUUUGUACAAUUUCCAUGACUACGUAGCUUAUAAUGGUGUUACAAUGAUGAUGGCAAAUAGAGAGGAAGAGACGCAAGUGAAUGGCUAUGUGCUGCUUAUAGACCUUACCGACCAGACGAUGAAGCAUAUGACUUUUAUGCCGAUGGAAUUCAGAAGGAAGCUUUAUGGUUUGUUCUCCAAGCAACUGCCUGCCAGGAUGAAAUCUAUAAUUGCCUACAAUGCUGGACCUGUUUGGGAGGCAAUGUGGAACCUUACGGGUCACUUUCUCUCUGCAAAGAUACGAGAAAGAUUGUCAUACUGCAAAACUAUGGAGGAUGUGUAUAAGUUGGUUCCAAUGAGGUGUCUCCCAAGAGAAUACUUGCCAGAUGACUACAAGGGACCAUGUGCCGGAAACCUAGCUGAUAUUACCAGACAUUUCUACAGUGAAGUAAGCAAACCAGCUGUAAGGGACAGAAUCCUAGAACUCAGCACAAAAUAUUUCAAAGUUGAUGAUUCUAAAAGGCCAGCAGUAACAGACGCAGAAGUUGCUUCAUUUAGGAAACUCCAUGUUGAUUAGAAAUAAUUCAAAUUAUAGUAAUAUAAUACAAUAUAAUAUGUAGACCUCCCCAGCUUGAUUUAUAGCAAAAUGAUUGACUUUUGCAUGCUGGUGACUUU